GUCGAAUCUACGACGUCGAGGGGUACGAUGGCGGGACAUGGGUAGGAACGGAGCAUCGUUAUCCGAAGCCUGAGAGACUGGGAGACAAACGGGGACCAAGCAGCGGUGGGUGAGUCGUGGAAGCUCUCUUGGCCGGGAAGGGGCAACGGGGUUCUGGAGACCUGCGGUGCUUGUCUUGUCGCGGCUGCAUCCGCCUCGGACCUUGAAAUCCAGUCCACGAAUUCCUUCGAUUGAUUGGUUGCGGAGCCGAGGUGAGUUCGAUUUGUUCGUUCGUGGGCUCCGAGGAAGGCAGGUCAAGGCUUUUGGAAACCGCUGUUGCUCAUCUCGCGAGAUCUGCUUGUGCCAGGCGCGUGCGCGUGUGCCUUCUCCCACUCUCACGAAAGCUCGUCACGAUGCCGGCCCCCGUGGUGGAUAGCGCUUACAGGAAGAACAUCGAGAAGCUUCGCCGCGAUUUGCGUGCCUUCAUCGCCGAGAAGAAUUGUGCCCCUUUGAUGGUCCGCCUCGGGUGGCACGACGCAGGAACUUACGAUGCUGCCACGAGGACUGGCGGAGCUAAUGGAUCUAUUCGAAGCGAGCGAGAGUUUGUUCAUGGAGCAAACAAUGGCUUAAAGAAGGCCAUCGAUUGGUGUGAAGAGUUCAAGGCCAAGUACCCCAACCUUACGUACGCAGAUAUAUACCAGUUAGGUGGUGUGGUUGGAGUAGAAGUCACCGGAGGUCCAACUAUUGAAUUCAUCCCUGGACGUAAGGAUUCCGUUGCUUGUACUCCAGAGGGUCGCCUUCCAGAUGCAACCAAGGGUCAUCAGCAUCUGAGAGACAUAUUUCAUCGCAUGGGCCUUUCAGACCAAGACAUCGUUGCCCUUUCUGGUGCCCAUACUUUGGGAAGAGCUCACAAGGAGAGGUCAGGAUUUGAUGGUCCUUGGACCUCCGAGCCUCUGAAGUUUGAUAAUUCUUACUUUGUGGAACUUAUAAAAGGUGGUUCUGAGGGUCUCUUGAUGCUGGCCACUGAUAAGGCCUUGAUGGAAGAUCCGAAAUUCCGGACUUACGUCGAAGCUUAUGCCAAGGACGAAGAAUUAUUCUUCCACGACUACGCUAUCUCGCACAAGAAACUAUCGGAGUUGGGAUGCACAGCAGAGCUGUAUGGCUCCGGCAGCAAAUCAGCUCAAGUGGAUGCUAGUACGUCAACUAUUUUGGCACAAGCUGGAGUUGGAGUAGUUGUCACUGCCAUAGUAGUUGUCGCCAGUUACAUGUACGAUAUGAAGAGGAAAGUGGCUCUCAAGUAGAAGUCUUGACUGUAGUGGUUGUCGUGUACAUGAAAUCAUCAUAAGUAGUAUACGGACGUGAAAGAGUCUGUAGGAAGACGGGUUGGAAAGGUACGAUGGUGUUACAAAACGAAAAUUCACUUCAAGAUCAUCCAUGGUCGCAGUCAGAGUAUCCUCUAUACAUCUAACCAAGUUUGCCAUCAGCCUCUAGGUUGGUGUAAAGACAGAUGGUCAGCGGCAGUUUGCAUGAUGUACCCGCAUUCUAAGCCUCAAGAAGCUCCGGAUAUCUGUAGAAGAAUUAGAAGUCACGAUUCCUCGCCCCGCUCUAAGCAAUAUAAAUAUAUAUCAAUGUCUAUACAGUGAUUCUUUGUCAUCUUCGUCGAUUU